UUUGUUAUCUCUAAUUUUGAAGACAGAACUUUCAUUUGUUAUCUCUAAUUUACAAAGCAUUAGUAGCUUUCAUUUGUUGUGAUACAAUGAUCAUGGCCAAAAUACCAUGUUCUUAUUAUUUCCUCAUAAUCAUGCUUGUGUUCUCCGCGGUUGAGAAAGCUAAGGGAAAUCUAUGUACUAAAAUCAUCAAUCCAGAAACUCCAUAUUCUGACCUUGUUGACUGUCGUCUAAACUGCUAUAUGGGAUACAAUGGAGUUGGAAAAUGUUUGAAAACCAAAGUUGGUAGAGAUCCUAAAUGUGUUUGUACUUAUAAUUGUUAAAGAGACAAAUUCUAAAUAAUCAUAUUUUAAAAUUAGUAAAAUAAUUUCUUUGAUUCUAUAUGAAUAAAACUCUGGA